GGAGGAGAACUCGCCAGAAUACGGUGUUAGAAACGCCGCUGGGAUUAAGUUGCGCGUCUUCGCCGCUCCGCUCGCCGUUAUGGGGAUAGACCGGCGGCGGAGAGCCUCGCUGGCUCUCACCUUGAACUUCCUCGCCCUGUUCCUCGCCGUGUCGGCUCUCACCACCAGCUACUGGUGCGAGGGCAUGCGGAAAGUGGUGAAGCCGUUCUGCACCGGGCCGGUCACCACCAAGCAGUCGUUCUGCAUCAGGUUCAACAGCUCCAACAUCAACGACACCCGGCUGGUGCAGUACAUCUGGGAGACCGGGGAGGAUAAGUACCUGAUGAGGAAGUUCCACACCGGCAUCUGGUUCUCCUGCGAGCAGAACGUCAACAUGACCGGUGAAAACUGCAGAAGUUUCCUAUAUGUUGCACCUUCCAAUGAAAGAGGAGUGCUAUGGCUGUGCAUUGUUGCAGAGUGCCUGUACAUCCUCCUGCUGGCCACCGGGGGCAUCCUCAUGUCGAUAGAGGUGUGCCACUUUGGCAGUGUCAUCGACGGCCUAAAACUCAAUGCCUUCGCUGCCAUAUUCACUGUCCUCUCAGGUUUGUUAGGUAUGGUGGCCCACAUGAUGUACACCACGGCCUUUCAGCUGACUGUCAGUCUGGGUCCAGAGGACUGGAAACCGCAGACAUGGGACUACAGCUGGUCAUACAUCUUGGCAUGGAGUUCCUUCACGGCCUGCAUGGCGUCCUCAGUCACCACCAUCAACCGCUACACCAAAACCAUCCUGGAGUUCAAGCACAAGCGCAGGAACAUCGAGAAGAACCUGAAGAUCAAGCAGAAGCUGCUGGAGCUGGACUCUCCGGAGCAGGUCUGGGACAUGUACAUCAGCUCGGUUCCCAGCACGGCUGAGGAGUUGCUGGACCUGUCGUCCAACGGCCGCAAACUCUCCAACACCUCUGUCUUCCUGGACCUCAAUGACCUGCCCGACCCACAGGGAGAGGAGUACUGCUGAAGUUGCUACGUGAAGCAUUCUGAAACAUCAAUACAUCAUUGUCAAGUGAAUCACGAUAUAUAUAAACAAGGCCAUCGUUGAAAAGAGUUAUUAGUCUUUAUCUCUCACCAUGCCAGCAUUAGACAAAAUUAAGACAUUUCUUUGUUACCUCCUCUCGCAAAGAGGAUGCUACCUCUUCAUUUUUUCCCCUCCACUUUCACUGAAGAUGAUAAACAUGUUGGACACGACUCUUCCCUAAGAGCUUCUUUGCUCCCAUCAUCUGUCGAAAACUCUUAAAGUUAUAGCUCCUUUUCCUCUGAAAGUGCAGUACCAUCCUCCACAGUUUCCCUGGUAGCACAUAAUGUACAUGCAGUUUAAGGCCAAUAGAGGCUGCCAGCCAUAUCAGCGAUGGUCUUAUUUGUUUAAUUUGUUAAUGAUUUAUUGAUGUUAAAAUGUGACACUUGACACUUUUAACCAUUGUUCCAACAAGGGGUCUGGGGGUCAAUCCCUUGCCACUGAAUGUUGACUGUUCUUACCGCUGUGAGGAAAAAGAAGAGAGAAGCUGAGGAUGGGACCAGACCUCCAAGCCAAAAGAGCACAGGUUUCUACCCCGACUCCUCACCACAAAACCCUGAGCCAAAUAGCAAGGGGGGCCCUGACCUCUCUGUGUGCCCCCAUUCCUCUCAACCCACCUGCCUCAGUCCCCUCAUGCUCCAGCAUAUUCAGUAUUCAAAGCUGGCAGACUCAAGUGACUCUCAAGGCUUUUGGCUUGCUACCCAUUUGCUGUGGAUUUUGUUCUUUGAGGAGAAUUGUACAAAGCUGUUAAAGCUGAGUGUCCCUGACUUUACUUGAGUGUGUGUGAGGGCGCCAGUUUGAGUAUGUGAAAUAUUUUGCCUUUUAGAAAUUAUUCAGUAUAGCAUCAGAAAGGGGAGAUUUUCUCCCCCCUUGAUCAUUCCGUUACGCUUACCAGAAAUCCACCAAUUGACCAAGAUCGAACUCCUGGACUGAUUAUGAAUAUUGUGCACUGCCAGCCAACCAACAUGUGAACCAGAUAGCACUGAGUAGCUUAACAUGCACCUCAUCAAGUUGUUAUCCCAGUAAUUAAGCAGAUUUGCAGUGUUCACAGAGUUUUCCCUCACACUCCCCACUGAACACACAAAGUGUUUUUUAGGAGAUCAGCUUUCUAUCACUGGAGAGAGAUGAUGGGUAAAAAGGAGGUUGCUAAUAACAGAGGAUCGAUGUGAGGAUUGAUGUUUUACCCGCAGAGGAAUAAAGAGUGUAGAUGUGUUGAAUAUGAGGGGUACAUGGGUGGAGGACGCCUAGGCCAUGCUGAGUGCCUUUGAUUACAGCAGCAUGCCUCUGAUCAAACAGCAUGCUCUGUGCUCACAACAUUUUAAUGAGGGGAAUGCUACUUCUCUGACUAAUAAUGCUCCAGAGGAUCCGUGUAGCUGUCUGUGCAAACUGCCAAAUCUCAUCAGUGAGAGGAGCGCGCCUCUUUUGAAGCUUUCUAAGUAACUUUUACUUGAUAAGGGGCAAAGUGCUGUGGGUACUUUUCUCAGUCAGUGUACCUUACUUCAAGUCAGGUGCUUCAUGUUGAAUUAUAUCAGAGCAUAGAAGAAAACUAUAGUGACAGAGUGACAGAGAUAAGGGUAGUUGCUUAUUUAGAAGUAUUUUCAAGUGCAUUUGAAAAUGUAUAACGUAUAUUUGUGUACUUUAUUUAUUUGUUCAAUUCAAAGUGAAACGUAAUGUAGACCAUUUUAACAGUUUGCUUUACUCUAGUUAAGUUUUAAGUUCUUUUUUUCCUUUAUUCUGGGUUACAGUAAAUAUAAGUAAAGCAUGGAUUGUUGUGUCCUUAUGUGUAUGUCAUAGACUUAUUUGUAGAGGCACUUUUUGUGUAGUGUUUUUUGUUAUAUUUAUGUGUGUAAUUAUGUACAACCAAGCAGAUAUUAAUAUGAAUAAAAUUAUGAAUUUCUAAGAGAAUAUAUUAUUUAAAGCUGA